AUGGGAACCAAAGUAUCAAUUCCUCACAGCGUACUUCAUUCUGCUCGAAAAAGAUCAUCCAGAACAAUAUCUAAGCGUGCUUCUUCUACUGAACAUGAACAAACUUUGACCGAUCACUCGGGUGAUUCUCGAGUAUCAUCCACUACAGUCGAUUUAUCCCUAUUAUGCUUCAAUGCUCAUCAAAAGACAGCGAGUGAUCGAAUGACAUGCAAUCAUUUUGCAUUAAAGGCCUUAUUUGAAGGAAAUGUUAUGUCCGUUAUUAAGCAACAUAUCGACCUCAAUUCAACAUCAACAGUCGUACUGGAUAUUGGCUGUGGGUCUGGAAGCUGGGUGAUGGAUAUGGCCACUGAAUACCCAAGUGCUCAAUUCAUUGGGAUUGAUCAGCUACCACUCUUUCCUCAUGACAUUAGACCAGCCAACGUGACAUUUAAACAAGCAGACGUACUGACGGGACUUCCGUUUGAAGAUAACACGUUUGAUUUUGUACAAAUGAGAUUAUUUUUACUUGCAUUCAAUCGACAGCAAUGGUUGGAUGCAUUAAAGGAAGUACAUCGUGUGUUGAAACCUGGUGGCUUCAUACAACUGGCUGAGCCACAAUUGAUGGAUCCUGGAGAUGACCUCAUAGUGGACUAUACGCAUAAAAUCAAAACUGUGAUGGAAUUUAAUGGUUUUGAUGCUGAAGUGUGUGACAAACUUCCCCUCUUGUUGGAAAAGACACAAUUCAUACCAGUAGAAAAUAUACGAAAGGCAGUUCCACUAAAUGGUCACAUGCUCUCUGAUGAAUUCCUGUAUAUAGCCGAUAUUAGUGUAGAAUCAUGUAAACCAUUCCUGAUGGAGAUACAUAAUAUGCAUUCAGAUGAUGAAUUCAUGGAAUUGAAAAGAAAUUAUCUAGAAAGUAGAAAGAAUACAUCCGAAUCUGCCUUUACUUAUGUUGUAGGUCAAAAGCCUCAUUAA